AUGGCGACCCCGGCGCCAGCCGAUGAGGAUUUCGCCCGACACCCCAGGAGGCAACAGUCCAAGGUGGUUGUCGACCACAUAAACUGCACAGUUCUCAAGUGGCGAUCCGAUUGGGAUUGCCGCCUGCUGGCCUGCAGACUCGGGACCCUGGAUGUCGUCGACUGCAUCAUCAAGAGAAAUCUCGGUCUUGGUCACAAUAAAUGGCGCCUAGGCCGGCCCAUACGAGUUAAAAAGUCUGACGCGGCCCGCGGAAACAACCUCAGGAAGACGACGCUUCAACUCCUCAACCACGCCCUGGUCAUGCGGUCGCUACCAGCAAAGACAUACUUCAGGCUCGUGUCGGGCCCGAGUGCUUCCCCGUUUCGGAACCAGGAUCUGUACUCGGGCGGCGCGGCCUUGGUGAAGGUGACACCCUCUUCGGCGAUAAGCUUCGUCAAUGUGCGCGAGUCGCCCCGGAUGGAACGGUCCGCGAUGACCAACGUGCCCCCACGGCAAAGCGCGAGGAACACCUGCUCGAGCGACAUUUCGAAGCCCGGUGCGCCGUGCGGAAGAACUGUCCGCCGGCCGAGGCCGCCGGGCAUGUGGAACUGCAGCGCCAUCGUGGCCUUGACGACGUUGGUGAGAGAUGAAUGCCGCAGCGAAAUGCCCUUGGGAGUGCCGGUUGUACCGCUGGUGAAGAGAAUGGCGGCCGCGUCACCUGGAGCUGAGACGUUUUGCGAGCUGCUGCUCCUUUCCGUUCUCAGCUGCCGGCGCUGCUGGAGUGUUUUGAAUAACGAGAAUAGCAGUGACUUUUGGCGUGGCAGACGCCAGCCAGCGCUCGGCCUGGGCACCAACGUCGGCACUGUCAACCAGGACAAAAUCGAUUUCGGCGAGGGUGCCGGUCUGGGUCAGGCGCGCCGUGCGUAA